GCAGUGACGACACUUUGUCGUGACAGUGGGAACGGCAAGCACGACAGUCGUAAAACGAUAAAAUCGUGGACGGCAACUUUAUGUAGACGAACACGUGUUUUCCCUUCCCUCUCGCACCCGCGCGCCCCUCGCGUCUGUACUCGGUUUGCUUUGUGCGUGUUAGAACUUGUCAGACUCCUGUGCAUGGUGGACGUAUAACAAUGGCUAAUAAUAUAACACCGGAAGUUUUAAUUCCACUUGUGGAACAAAGGGCUGUCCUUUGGGACAAAACUUUAGACAUUUAUAAAGACAAAGGUUUGAAAUUAGCCGCGUGGAGAGAAAUUUGUUGCGUUUUUGAACCUAAUUUUGACAAGUUGGAGGAAAAGGAAAGAAAAGAUUUCGGUAAGUUUCUGAAACUUUUUAUUUAUUAUGAUACAUGUGCUGUAAUGUUUUGCCAAGGUACGGAGCCUAUUUCAGAUACAAAAUAGUCGGAAAAUUGUAAGCGCACUGCGUUUCCACCACCUUCGUUUGAACGCAGCUGUGUUGCAGGCAUGUUUACCAGGGGCAUAACGGCUGGGGUAUUCUCCAAGUAUAUAGUGUCUUUUUUUAUUAAAAAAUUAUGUAAUACCGUACAAGCCUUUACAACUUCAAUAGCUGUUUCUGCACAUACAUCCAAUGGUCUAUGCAAGAUCCUCCAUUUAUUGGAUAAGAUACCAAAAGUGCAUUCAACAUAUCUUCUCGCGCGGCUUAGACGGUAAUUAAAUAUAUUUUUCUUAUUGUCUAAAUGAGUACCGCCAUAAGGUCGCAAUAAAUUUUGUGACAAUGUAAAGGCUUCGUCUUCAACAAAUACAUAUGGUAUUUCUUCUUGCAUAUUUUCGUGUAAUGGCGUGGGUCUUGGUAUAUUUAAAGUACCAUCAUUUAGUUUCUUCCAAAAAUUGGAUUGUUUUAGGAUAGAUGAAUCACACUCUUUUCCGUAUGAACCAAUACUAACGUAAAUGAAACGGUAUUCUGAAUCAACAAUUGCAAAUAAAAUAAAAGAAAAAUAAUCCUUAUAGUUAAAAAACAUAGAACCACUAUUUAUUGGCUUUGUAAUCCUUAUGUGCUUGCCGUCCAGCGCACCGAGGCAAUGAAGAAAAUUUGCUUUCGUUUUAAAAGCUUCAGCGAUCGCUUUCCAUUCUUCUUCGGUAUUGGGCAACUUUAAAUAUUCUGCACUUAAUACGCUCCAAAUAACAGAACACGUUUCUUUGAUUAUUUUGCUGAUGGUUGACAUUCCCACUCUAAAAUUAUAAUGCAGUUGUUUAAACGAACAUCCCGACGCCAAAUAUCUGUAAAUAAAUACAACAGCUAUUAUAAUACUCUUUUAUUCGAGGACCAAUGCCCUAACAUUAUAAUUAUAUAUAAACAUAUAAUCAGUCUAAUACGUAGUCCCUUACUUGUUCACGGAAACAUCCGGGGAUACUAGUGGAAAAACUCGAUCUUAGUAUAGUUUUUUAAACUCUGAAAAACGUGCAGAUGUUUGCGUGAACAAUAAUUUGAGUACGUAUUAGACUGAUUAUAUGUUAAUACAUAUAAUGUUAAAUCUAUACACAAACAAAUUUUAAUUUUAAGUCUAUUUUACUUUUACAGCUACACAGAUAUCUACAAAGUGGACACAUAUUCGAGAUGCAUUUAUGAGAUCCCUGAAAAAUGAAAAAGAAAAAAAGCGAUCUGGUGCAGGCGCAAAAACUACUAGGCCGUAUGUUUAUAAGAAUCAGCUGUCUUUUUUAUUAAAAGUUACUGAGCCCCGUAUGACCUCUGAUUCAUCUAAUGAGCCUAAUAAUUCUAUCUCUGAUACAUUAAGUGAUGCAGCACCUUCUACUCAAAAGAAAACUAAGACUGACACAUUAGAUGAUAAAAUGUCACAAUUUCUAGAUUAUAAAUUAAAUAAUCAAGAACACCCACAUGUGUCCUUUAUUAUAGGAAUUUUACCAUCUUUGGCAUCAUUCGACAAUGAUGACAAUUUUGAAUUCCAAACGGGUAUUAUGCAACUGAUUGAAAAAAUUAAAAAGAAACGCCUUCGUAAUAAUUUAUAUGAUACUUAUGCAAACUAUGGUGACUACCAAAACCAUUUAUCACAACCGACAGGAUAUUUUACACAAGAUCCAGGUGCAUCAACUUCGACUAGCAAUCAAGUUAUGGAACCGGCUGCAUCACCAAAUUCAGUCUAUACUAAUUUGUCUGAUAGCACACAAGAUUCUUUUAAUUUUGACAAUAUAUAAUUUAAAGAUGUCUUUACUUAUAAAACGUGUAACUCUAAAAUAAAUCUCUAAAUAAAUAAAUGUAUACAUU